AUGAAUGGACUGCUGGUCGAUUCUUUUAUACUAUCUUCAACUAAACAUAACGAUGCCAGUACACCACCUCCUGUCACACCUCAAGCAACAACUUUACCACCAAUACUCAACCAAGCCUCCUCAGAAUCAAACGAACAAUUUAUUACACCUGAAGGUGGAAACUGCUCUAGGGAACUAAUGUAUCCAAAUUCACCUCUAGGUCUAACCAAUGGAGACAGAUUCCAAUUCUCAUUCAUAGAUCACUGUGAUAACAUUGCAAAUCAAAAACAACUACAACCCUUCAGUGUCAAUAAUAUGAAACCUUCUUUUAGCAACCCAGGUGGUCUUAUUAUUAACAAAAAAGGAUUCGUUUAUUUCAAUCCAUCAUGGUUGACUACUCCAAUUGAAUUUCAGCUAACAUGUCAACCAGGUGGACACAACUAUGCAUUCACUAAAGAUAAUAUCUUUAUUUCAAUUGAAUUUGUUUUAGGUAGACCAAUAUCUACUAUUUAUUUAGGUACCGAUUCUUAA